AUGGCGCACUCUUUCGUCGUUGCAAGAUUCCUGCCUCAGCGAUCUGCUCACUGGAUAUCGCCUUAUGGUACCAAAAAAUCAGCAGAUAUCCACACCCACCCGUUCCUUGCGCUCCGCAUUUACGCUAAUGACAUGGGGUAUAGCGACCGACCCGAACACGCCCACUUGUCCAUGUUAUUCAUUGUGUCCUCAGAGAAACCCGUCGGAGCCUCCAAGAACUGCUUUUUUACUCUAGCACCUGCCGCAGAGAACUUGGAAAGGGUAUUGACCGUAACUCCCCCUCUUAGCUCCAGCGAGCGCCCAUUUUACCUUUACACAUUUCCCAAGCUCCUUGCAAACUAUACUGUCUCUGACCUCGACGUCUCGGGCGAUCGCUUCAGUGGACCUCAUCAACUGGACGAGGCAGAUUUUAAGAUAUUCUGUAAAUCGAUCUUGGAGGACGAUCAUCGCAGGGAAGUGGAACCUCGAUCAUCAGGUGGCGAUGACCCUGUUGAAGAUGGAUGGCAGACCUGGAGCGGUAGAAGUGCCAUGGGUACAGAGUACUUGCGGAAACCCAGAAGCCGUUUUUAUGAGCUUUUGGAUUGGCGAGAUCCUUCGACAUUGGCUCGUCCCUCGAUCUACAACGAACUAUUGUUGUUCAAGCAGCUCGGAUCUGACUACUCCUGGACAGGUACGACUAAAACCAUCUCAUGGCUCAAAGAAGCGCGUGCUGCGACAUGCACGAAAGAUAUUUUGCUUCAUCUCAUCGAACCCAGCAAGGUCGAUGUUCGAGGUAAAGACGCCACAAGGCUCUACUCGAUGCCUAUUCCUUUCAAUGGUGACCCGCAUGAAGACGAAGAAUCAGACGAAGGAUCAGGUUGGGGAUCUGAUGAUGAUUUCCCCGACGUUCAACGCCUUCCAAAGCCUCAGCACGCAACGCCUGCGGUUGAUGUCAGAGUCGUCGCACUUGACAUAUUGGGGACAAUCUUUGACCGCGAGGGAGGCAUCCGCAAAGCUUUGAUAUCAUUGACUCCCCUUGAUUGGAAGAAACGAACGUCACGUCAGUUGAUAGAGAUAUACAUCGAGUGCGAGACAAUCCGACUGAGGGAAGCGCCUGACGCAUCCUACUCCACCAUCGUCUACACAGCAUUGACCGAUACGUUUCUACAUCUUGGAGUCUCACCAGACAAAGAAUCUUUGGAUAAGGCUGUUGAUAUCAUAUUAACUCCACGUCUGCGGUCCGAUGCCAUCGACACUAUCCAUAUGUUGCAUAAGCGGGGAUACACCCUCGUAGGGAUUCCAUCUCUAGAUGCGGCCACAUUUACUCAGUACUUCGAACCGCAUAUCCCUCCCGAGCUCACCAUCGACAUUUCACACUCCGCAUGGGCCUCUCCUCAUGCACAAAAUCCUGCGCUUCUACCUGAGCUCCUCAAGCGCUCUCAAUGUGACCACCCCGAUAUCAAGCCUGCUCAGAUCCUGAUAGUGACGACCGGGCCGUUUCGAAUGGUAGAACCCGCUUGCACGGCGGGAUUCCCUAUCGUUCUCCUUCAAACUGCGUCCGAGGUGGAGUCUAAGGUGAUUUUGGACACCGCUACACCCACGUUGAUCAUAGAGAAUCUGUCGUCUCUGUGCGAUGCACUGGAUGAGGCUGAACUCGGCAAUCCAUCUAUUGUUCCCGCCAAACGAUCGUCUAGCAUGUACCCACCGUAUCGCGUAUGCGGCCAUUACCAGGUCACUCAUAUCAUCGACUCUGGCAGUUUCAGCACGGUGUGCGCCGCUUUCCACGUCCUCACGGGCGAGGAAGUUGCAGUCAAGCGGGAGAUGUCAAAGGGUGGCCAGCGGGAUGAGAAACGACCCGCUCUGAACGGUGAGAGCACGUCUACACGCAAGGCUACCCAGGCGGAGGAAACGUGCCUUUUGCCGUACGAGGCGCAAGUGUAUCGUCAGCUGCGUGGGUACCAGGCCAUUCCUGCGCUUCACCACUUCGAAAUGUACGGCGGGGGCUACUUUUUGAUCCUCGACCGACUCGGUGUGACGCUGGACCACCUCCGGCAGGUGUGCAGAGGAGCGCUAUCGCUGCGAACGGUUGCAAUGCUGGCCAUGGAAUUGGCGAGUAACCCUUGUGCCCCAAUUUGCGUUGAUGUGAGUCUGACGGGGAUCAUCCUACGCGAUGUGAAGCCUCCCAACCUGACGAUGGGUCGCGGCAAUCGCUCGAAUCUGCUCUACAUGCUCGACUUCGGACUUGCCAAGCCGUUUAUGAGCCCGAUGACAGGCGAGCACAACCCGUUCCGCACCGGCCUCGUGUGGGUUGGCACUGCUCGCUAUAUGAGCUACAAUGUGCACUUUGGUCGAGAACCUUCCCGACGCGACGAUAUGGAGGCGCUCGGGAACUGUCUACUCUAUCUGUUCCAUGGACGACUGCCGUGGCAGGGCAUAUAUGGACCCUCCGUUCCUGCAAAAGCAUUGCGCAUCGGGGAGAUGAAGUCGGGCAAGCCCUUCCGUGAGCUUCUUGCGCGGUCGCCGCCCGAGUUCACAGCGUACUUUGAUCAUUGCCGGAGCCUGGCGUUCGAGGAGGAACCUGAUUAUUCCCUGUUGCGAGGGAUAUUUCAGAAGAGGAUGGAUGCCGAAGGAUGGGAUGUACACGGAAAGUACGACUGGGAAGAUCCGAAGGAUUUGGAGAAGGGGACGCUGCUUCUGGAUGAAUACAAAAUGGACGUUCGCUUCGUGCAGCGCGACCUCGAGUGGUGA